UAUAUCGAACUGUCAUAAGUCAUUCAUUCAACUUUUUUAUUUUAACUCCACUGACUGUGACUGUGACGCAAAUUACGAUCUAGUUUCAAAUUUACUUUGGUAGAGAGUUUACGUUUUGUCUAAAUGAAUAUCUACGAAAUAUAAAUAAAUGGAAAUCUUUAUUUAAUUUGUGUAAAUAGUGAAUUUUUCGAUUAAUUUAUGUGUGUUUUUCUCUACUCUGUAUAAUAGAAAAGUACGUUUCGAAAUAUAAGUGAUUAACUCUAUGGAAAACAAUAAACCGUGAUGUGACAGCGCGCACAAGAUGGCGGUGGGGGAGGCGCGCGUGCCGCUCCUACACGAUGACAGACACGCGCACCAAGCCAAGGGGGACCCGCCCCGCUCCCGCCAGUUGUCCGGCAGCGCGCUGGUCAUCACGUCACUGGUGGCGGGGGCUUCCGCAGGCGCCAUCGCGAAGACGGUGAUUGCACCACUCGACCGAGCUAAGAUUAAUUUUCAAACUUCGGAUAUCCCGUACUCAUGGCGAGCAGCUGUUCGCUUCCUGACUCACAGCGCGCAGACGGAGGGCUGGACGGCGUUAUGGCGAGGGAACAGCGCGACCAUGGCGCGUAUCGUGCCCUACGCCGCGAUACAGUUCACGGCACACGAACAGUGGAAGAAAUUGCUGGGCGUUGACACGCCGCAAACCGCUCAGGAGGCCCCCCUUCGCCUGCUGGUGGCGGGGUCGCUGGCUGGCGUGACGUCACAGAGCGCCACGUACCCGCUUGACUUGGCGCGUGCGCGCAUGGCGGUGGCGGACUAUCGCUCUCUGCGCGCUAUGUUCAAGCGAGUUAUAAGAGACGAGGGGUUCAUCACCCUCUACAGGGGCUACCCGGCAACAGUGAUGGGCGUCAUACCGUACGCUGGCGUCUCUUUCUUCACCUACGAUUCCUUGAGGCAUUGGUAUAUAGACUACACGGGCUCCAGCCCGAGCGGCGUGACGAGCGUGGCGUUCGGCGGCGCGGCGGGCGCGCUGGCGCAGAGCGCGUCGUACCCGCUGGACAUCGUGCGGCGCCGCAUGCAGACCGCGCCGCGCCGCGCCGACCGCUCCUACCCCUGCCCCACCGUGCCCGCCACGCUGGCCGCCGUCUACAGGGCUGAAGGCUGGCGAGGUUUCUUCAAAGGGUUAAGCAUGAAUUGGAUUAAAGGCCCCAUAGCCGUUGGCAUAUCCUUCGCUAGUUAUGACACCAUCAAAUCAACGCUCCGAGACAUCGCACUCAGUCUGAAUUGACCAUGUGACCAGUAAUCAUCAGUAAUCAUUGAUUACCGUUAUCACCCGUGAGGAAAAUGUGAAGCUGAAGCUAUAUAUGAUUAUAUUAACGUAAGAUAUGUACAUGCAGUUAGUCAAUUAAGAUUUAAUUGUUAAUAUUACAUACACAAAGAAUUAUUAAUAAACACACAAAAAAAUUACGUAUUAUUAGUA